AUGCUGGCAUGGCGCUGGACCAGCGUCGCAGCAGCCGCCAACGCAUUCGUGGUGCCGGCGGGCCCGCCUCGUCUCACGCUGCGCAGUCCGCCAGCAGCGGCGGUCGCCGACUACUCGUUCAUGCUGCCCGCGUCGACGGCGGUCGCGACGUGCUGCCAACUCUGCGGCAUCGGCGGCGCGGCGCUCUUUUCGCCCAUCUUCCUGCUCGUCUUCCCGCUGCUGGGCCCCGACUACCCGCUGGACUCGGCCGCCGCGGCCGUGGCGUCCGCGCUGCUAACGGAGACGUUCGGCUUCGCUUCUGGGCUCGUCGGCUACGCGCGGCGGGAUCUGGUCGACUGGGCCGUGGCGCGGGAGAUCCUCGCCGUCGCCGUCACCGGAGCGCUCGUCGGCGCGGUAUGUGCGCCGUCGCUCGCCGGCGACGCGCAACUCCUGCGCGCCGUCUACGCGCUGCUGAUGCUGUCGCUGGCGACGGACCUCGCGCGGCGGGACUGUGUGGCGCCGCCGCCCGGGGACAAGCUGACCGACGGCGCCGCGACGGCCGGCGGGGCCUUCCUCACGGGCCUGCUUGGCGUCGGCGUCGGCGAAGUCGUAUUGCCGCAAAUCUCGCGCGACCGGCCGCUGCCACAGGCCGCGGGCACCUCCGUCGCCGUCGUCGCGGGCACCGCCGCGGCAGCCGCCGUAACACAACUGGCGGAGCUCGACGCGAGUGAAGUUCCGUGGGAGCUCGUCCGCUACACGAUCCCCGGGGUCAUCCUCGGCGGCCAGAUCGCGCCGCGCCUCGCGGGCCGCCUCGACGACCGGCAAAUCGAGCGCGCGGCCGCCGCACUCUUCGCGGUCGUCGGCGCCGCCUUCGCGCUCAAGGCCGCGACGGGAUAA